UUAAACUACUCAUUCAUAUGCUUCAUUUAAUUUCACAAACUCACUUUGUCCAUAUACAUUUCUGAAAUUUCACAUUUCCACAUACUCACUCGUAGCUCCAACUCACUGAGUCAGUCAUGUUUCCACAACCAAGUAACAGCAACCAGCAUUUGGUUUAUACAAAGCCAUUAUCUGUCCAAGGGUCUUCGGCAUUAGUGCCAGUGGAAAAUGGAGAAUUUACAAAAGCAGAUAUGAUCAUCCGAGAGUCCCAGAAACUACAAGAUGAUCUACGUUCGCUUGGGAUGAAAAUUAAGCAGCAUGAGGACAAACUGAGUCUUUUGACAACUGAAAAAAGCCAAUUAGAUGAUGCCAUUCUUCAUUUGCAAGUUGCUAUUGGGAAAUCAAAGUCUUCAAGUACAGCCAAGAUUGGUAAUGCGGACGAUCUCCACAUUACAACUGAGGAGGAGGUAAAUAAACAGAUAUUGCAGCAUGAAAAAUCUGCUGCUGGUAUUUUGUGCCAGGUGAAGACUCAUCAUGGAGCACAGGCUUCUCUUCUUGGACUAACACAGGAUGUUGUUGGUGUUGUUGCUAUGCUAGGAAAAGUUGAGGAUGACAAUCUUAGCAGACUUUUCUCGGAGUAUCUCGGAGUGGAGACUGUGUUGGCAAUUGUUUGCAGAACUUAUGAAGGAGUUAAAGCUCUUGAAUUGUACGAUAAGGAAGGGUACAUAAAUAAAAGCUGUGGCCUUCACGGGCUAGGUGCCUCUAUUGGAAGGCCUUUGGAUGGUCGAUUUCUAGUGAUAUGUCUUGAAUCUCUAAGGCCUUAUGCUGGUAAAUAUGUGGUUGAUGACUCACAACGAAAGUUGGACAUCUUAAAUCCAAGAUUGCCCAAUGGGGAGUGUCCGGCUGGAUUUAUUGGGUUUGCUGUGAAUAUGAUUAAUAUAGACAACCGGUACCUAUUUUGUCUAACGCCAAGUGGUUAUGGCCUCAGAGAAACUCUGUUUUAUAAUCUCUUUUCUCGUCUACAAGUAUAUAAGACAAGGGCUGAAAUGAUACAAGCACUUCCUUGCAUAAGUGAUGGAGCUCUUUCUUUAGAUGGAGGAAUGAUUAGGAGUUGUGGUGUAUUUUCCUUGGGCAAUAGGGAAGCUGUUGAUGUGAGAUUCCCCAGACCAGAAAGACCAUUGGGGCUUGAUCAGCACAUUGAAAUGGAGAGGCAAAUGAUGAAUACCCAAUGGAAGAAGGACAAAGUUUUUGACGAUUUAAAAAGAGAAAAGACAAUGUUGGACAUGGCAAAGUUCAGUUUCAAUAAGAAGAAGAGCGACUUUCUUAAGUAUUUGGCUACAAGUUCAUCAUAUGCAACUCAGGUUCAGACUGCUCCUUAUCUACAUCAAUGAUGAAAUUAAGGCCGAUGCAAAGCUAUGAAGAACAUAGCCUGUGGCUAACAACUUAUUUAUGUUAUUGAGCAUAUCGCGCAUAUCCAUUUUGUAGACUGGCUCUGGAAGGAGAAUGUUCUCAUGCUGAUGAAGGUCAAAAAAAGGUAGCACAUUGUUUUUCAAAGCUAGGGUCCUUUCUUCAGUUAAGGCUUCCUUUUUUUUCUUUCUUUCUUCAAGGUCUGUUGCAAAGAAAAAUCAGAUUAGCCUUCAAGACACUCAUAUGAGCUAUAGCCAAUGGUAUGCAUGAUUACCCCUUUCCCGGAAGACUUGAUGGGUGGUAAAACCGUUUUCUUGGUUCCCUGUACAUGACUUAGCUCGUUAAUGUUGUAGAUCUUUGUCAAGCCUUUUUUCUGCUUGUAGCUCUAUAAUUUCAUUUGACCUUGGCUCUUCGUAGAAAUUCAGUUAUUCUUCUAUACAGUUUUUGGAGAACAA